AUGAGUAGACCGAGACGUAAUCUCGAAAAAUUUUCUUGUACAACAUCACGCUUUCUUUUGCCAACAUUUCGUCGUCCAUGUUAUCGUCAAAUAAUUACAACAAAUAUUAUAUGUGAUCCAGAAAAAGAAGUUUUUUCAAAAUGGUCUGACGAAGAUGGAGGAUGCUAUAAUACGAUUAACGCAGCCCUUCUUAAUGAUGACUAUCAAGUAUUGAAAAAUCAUGUACAAUUUAUCAAUAGUUUAAGAAUGGCAAUUAAAAAUAAUAAUGAAAAUGAAUCUUUUAAAGUUUAUCGUGGAUUAAAUCUUGAUCUUGAGCAUGUAAAACAAGAAUAUAAAGUAGGUUUACAAUUUUUAUGGCCAACAUUUACAUCUACAUCAAGAAAUAGAGAUGUAGCACAUCGUUUUGGUGAUUAUACAUUUGAGAUCGAUGCAUCAAAAAAUGAUUGGACAUAUCGCAGUGAUAUUUCAAGAUAUUCUAUCUAUCCAGAAGAAGAGGAAGUUUUAUUCUAUCCAUAUAGUGGCUAUGUUGUUCAAAAUAUUAUACAUGAUGCAAAAAUAAUUCAAUUAAAAUGUAUUGAUACACUAGAAGUUGAAUCGAGCUCUGAUAGACUCAUUCCAUCUUGUGUUAAAAUUUUUGAUUCAUCAAGAAAUAUGUUCGUUUAUUUCUAUAAAGAUAGUCCUGAUCUUCAUUGGUCAAGUGCUGAAAAACCAAGUGAAAUCUUUUUAAUUGCACAAAAUAUGAAUGGCUAUUGGGAUUCUCCUUACCGUUAUCAUCAUCGUAAUGGUUAUUUUGUAGAUAAGGGAAACAAUCAAUGGGAAGAAUAUCAAAACAAUAAGCUUCAUGCAAAAUUUAAAAGAGUUUAUGAUGAUAAUAACAAUAAGAAUCAUGAUGGCUGUGAUGAUUAA